GUCCUGCACAUGGACAGGAAUGAUUACUAUGGAGGGGACUCAACUUCACUCGAUCUCAUUCAGCUUUGGAAGAGGUUCCAGGAAAAUGAUGAGGCCCCAGCAGAUCUGGGCUCUAGCAGAGCCUACAAUGUUGAUAUGAUCCCAAAGUUCAUGAUGGCCAAUGGUACCUUGGUUCGUGCGCUCAUCCAUACAGAUGUUACGAAGUAUCUGUACUUCAAAGCUGUGGAUGGAAGUUAUGUUUUUAACAAAGGGAAGAUUCAUAAGGUUCCUGCAACUGAUAUGGAGGCACUCAGAUCUCCUUUGAUGGGUUUGUUUGAGAAGCGCCGAGCUCGGAAGUUCUUUAUUUAUGUCCAAGACUAUGAUGAAAAUGAUCCAAAAACACAUGGAGGUUUGGACCUUACAAGAGUGACAACAAGAGAACUUAUCUCAAAAUAUGGUUUGGAUGACAACACUGUAGACUUCAUUGGUCAUGCAUUGGCACUUCAUAGAGAUGAUUGCUAUCUAGAUGAACCUGCGCUUGAUACUGUGAAAAGGAUGAAGCUUUAUGCAGAAUCCUUAGCACGUUUUCAAGGAGGUUCGCCAUAUAUCUAUCCUCUAUAUGGAUUAGGAGAGCUCCCUCAGGCAUUUGCACGCCUUAGUGCCGUUUAUGGUGGGACAUACAUGUUGAACAAACCAGAAUGCAAGGUUGAAUUUGAUGAGGAAGGAAAAGUCUGUGGUGUCACAUCUGAAGGGGAAACUGCAAGAUGUAAGAAAGUUGUCUGUGAUCCUUCCUAUUUACCACACAAGGUUAAGAAGGUUGGAAAAGUUGCUAGAGCCAUUGCUAUAAUGAGCCAUCCCAUCCCAAAUACCGAUGAAUCUCACUCAGUGCAGGUUAUACUUCCACAGAAACAACUGGGUCGCAAGUCAGACAUGUACCUUUUCUGUUGUUCUUAUUCUCACAAUGUUGCCCCUAAAGGGAAGUUCAUUGCAUUUGUCUCAACAGAAGCUGAGACUAACCAGCCUGAAUUAGAACUAAAGCCAGGAAUCGAUCUUCUUGGCCCAGUUGAUGCGAUAUUUUUUGAUACAUAUGACAGAUAUGAACCUGUCAAUGAACCCUUGCUGGACAGUUGCUUCAUAUCAACUAGUUAUGAUGCUACAACACAUUUUGAAUCAACUGUUAUGGAUGUGCUUGCUAUCUAUACCAAGAUCACUGGAAAGACAUUUACAUCCUGCAUUCAAGCCUAUUUGAAUCCAUUUCACGUCACUGAACUUCCACCCAGGCCGUCAAGACUGUUGAUCUUAGCGUGGAUCUCAGUGCUGCUAGUGCUGCCAAAGAAUGAGAAGCAGUGGUUGCAAUGUUUUUGAGUCUGGUUUACUGUAAUUUCGUAAAAUUGGAGUUAAAUUUGUCCAAAUGAGGUUUCUCAGAUGCUUCUAUAGUCAUGUUCUUGGAUAUUUAUUUCCUCAAAUGCAAUUUUUCUGGAUAAUGAAGAGGUGUUUUGGGUUUUGGAAUUUUGUCAUAUGUAAGAAUGGAUAUGAUUGCCAUUUGAUUAAAUAUUAGCCAUUAUUUGUGUAACCGAAUCAAUCCAUCUCGCUUUAUGCUAAUGCCUUUGUUUUACUCUUACAAAAAAAA